AUGUUCGUGACUCUUGGCAUCUUCUUGCUCUUUGAUCGCACCCUCUUGGCGCUCGGGAACGUCGCUUUUCUGGUUGGUCUUGCCCUCCUCCUGGGUCCAACAAAGGCCUUCAAGUUCUUCUUCCGGAAAGAGAAGUGGAAGGGCACAACAGGAUACUUCCUGGGAAUCGCCAUCAUUGUCGUGGGCUGGCCAUUUGUCGGCUUCAUCACAGAGAUGUACGGUAUAUGGAAGCUUUUUGCGGCCUUCCUGCCCAAUGUUUUGGCCUCGCUCAAGAUGACGGUGCCAGGAGCAGCCACAGUCCUCAACAUGUGGCCGCUGUCCUCAUUGUGCAAUUUGAUCUACGAUCAGCGUCGACUGCCAGUGUGA